AGCCCUGGAGGCUGAGCAGCUCGUCUACCCUGAGCUCGGAUGGACAAAGUCCGGUGUCUGUUCAUCGAAUGCUUUAAUCUCCUACAAAUCCCUUCCCAGGUGCAGGCGGUGGUGCUUUGCUGCCCCAGCUGCCAGGGAGGAGCUGUGUGCAGCAGCAGAGCGCUUGGAAACCAUGCUUUCAGGACGUGUUUGGAUCAAGCUAAUUCCCUUCAGGGCAAGGAUUGCACCAAGGAACUGCGAGAUACCUCUUCCUCUCCGUCCCCCUCUAGCACAGAGGGGACUGGAGCGAGUGGCAGAGCUUCGAGCGUUCAUCGCUGGAAAUGGUGCAGCAGGAUUGCUGAAGAAUCCUUGGAAACGGCCUGCUCCCUUCUUCCACGAUGUGGGUCCAAAGCCCUGGGCCCUGGCUUGCAGCCCCGGGAGAGCUGCCGAGUGUCCUGCAGUGAGGCGGGCCCGUGGCAGGCGCAGCCCCGCGCGGGGAGCACGAGGGCACGGAGCUGCCAGGAGCUGUUAUUUGGAAACGGUUUGGUCUUUUUCGUCUCCUUCCCCCACGAGGCUUUCCCAGACACUCGGGGCUCAAUUCUCCCUGCUAUUUCUCAUGUAUUAGCUUGUGAUUCAGAGCAGGGGGAAGUUCUGCAAAAAACAACGCGAGCAGCAAAGGGGGGCAGGAGAAAACACCCGGGGCCGAGUCGCCCGCGCUCUGUCCAGGCUCUUCCCAAGCCUUUGGUGCCAAACAGUCCUGGAGAAAGAGGUAGAGCCAGAAAUAAAGAGAGGACGGGUAUCGGCCUCCGCUGCAUCCCGGCAAAGGCAGCGGGCUGCGCGGCAGGGCCGACCUGCGCCUGCCCGGGCACUCCAGGCACGAGGCUCCCCAGACCCGGGCUCCCCGCGGCGCUGAGCCUGGAUCCGCGGGUUAGUGCAGAUCCGGCCCGGUGCUGCCCGCCGGGAUGGCCGGUAUUUCCUGGUAGUGGGGAAAGGGUUUGUGCUCUUUCCUGGUUUAGCGGCGUUAAAAAAUAUUUCCCUUUGAUUCCCGUUCCCGAUGAGCAGGCGCAGGCCGCCGGCCCCCCGCGGCCGCCCCUCAGCACGGCUCCGAGGCCGCGUUUCUCCCGGGGAGCCUCUACGCGCGUCGCCCGCGGGGACGGGCCCGUGGCGAGCGUUGGCGCAGGCCUUGGCGCAGGCCGUGACGCGGCCUUGCGUUUGCAGGGCCUGACGAGGGAGGGAGGCGGGGGGCCCUCUGCUCUGCUCUGCUCCGCUCCGCCGGGGCCUCGCUCCCGCUGCCGGCAGCAAACCCCUGCGGGAGCGGUGCCGUUCACCACUUCGCUGCCUGCCCAGGCGCUCGGAGGGGCGGCGAGCUGCCUCUUCCCCGCGCCGCUCUCCCGGCCGUGCCCGGGGCGCCUGCAGCCCCCCGCCCCUCGGUGCCCGCCGCGGCUGCUGGCCGGUUGCGCGGCCCAUCGCGGUGCUGGGCCCAUCGCGGCGCCGGCUCCGCUGGCCCGAAACGCCGUGUGCACCCGAGGCCCCGGCCGCCAGCCUCGGGCCGCUGCUCGGCUCGCCGCGGAAGGGGCCGGGGGGGGGAUCCUGGCCCGCCGCUCGCGGGGGGGAGCAGCCCCGGGGCAGGAACCGGCCAAAACGGGAGGGGCCGGGGCUUGGGGCGGGUCUACAGCAGCCCCGGGGGCCGGAGCGGAGCAGCCGAGCCGAGCCGAGCCGAGCCGAGCUGAGCUGAUCCGAGCCGAGCCGCGCCGCCCCGCCCUGCCCGUCCCGUCCCGCCCCGUCCGGCCCCGUCCCGGCCCCGUCCCCGCCCGGCGCGGCCAUGGCGGCGGUGUUCGCCGCCCUGCGCGUCCUGCUCGGCCUCUUCUUCCUGCUCGCGGGCGCCGUGAAGCUCUCGGACCGGCUCUCGGCCGACCUGCACCGGCACAUGGCGCAGUUCGGGCGCUUCGCCGAUGUCUUCCCGCUGGCGGAGUUCGGCUACAAGCCGGAGCCCGGGCGGUACCUGGAGGCCGUCGGCUGGGUGGAGGUGGUGGCGGGGCUGCUGCUGGCCGUCGGGCCGCAGCUGCUGCAGGAGCUCAGCAACUUCGUGCUCACCGCCGUCAUGAUCGGUGCCAUCUACACGCUGCUGGCGCUGAAGGAGCCCGUGGCCACGUGCGUCCCCGCCGCCGUCUGCCUCGGCCUGCUGCUGCUGCUCAGCGUCCGCGGCCGGGCGGCCCCCGCCAAGGGCAAGUUCGAGUGACGGCGGGGGCGGCUCUGCCCGCGGGGGUGACGCCCUGGGGGCGGCGGGGGGACGGCGUCGCCCCCCGCGAGGCGCUUUGCUCCCAGCGCGCCGUGCCGGAGCCUCCGCGGCUCUUCCCGCGGCUCGGCCGGGCCGGGGGCCGGCUCCGCUCUCGCGGGGGGUUCCUGUUUUUGAAUAAAGCCUCUGUUUUUCACGUGUCGCCUCCUGUUUUACGUGCGCCUGCAGCCCGAGAUGGAGUUUGAACCCGCCGCGCGUCC